UAGUUCCCCGGCUACCAGGCGGGCGGUCACGUGGGCUCAUUGCUGGGCGGCCGGCGCGGGAAGCCGCGCGAGAGCGGGCCGCGGGGUGCGUGAGCCGGCGCUGCCGCGUGCCGUGCGCGGCGCGGGAGCCCGCCCCUCCUGCCCGGAGGAGCCAGCCGGCCGCCGCGGCGGCGUCUGGAGCCACAAUGGACACUGCUAGCCAUAGCCUUGUCCUUUUGCAGCAGCUGAACAUGCAGCGAGAAUUUGGUUUUCUGUGUGAUUGCACAGUUGCUAUUGGAGAUGUUUACUUCAAAGCCCACAGAGCAGUGCUUGCUGCCUUUUCUAACUAUUUCAAGAUGAUAUUUAUUCACCAAACAAGUGAAUGCAUAAAAAUACAACCAACUGACAUCCAACCUGACAUAUUCAGCUAUUUGUUGCACAUUAUGUACACCGGGAAAGGACCAAAACAGAUUGUGGAUCAUAGUCGUUUGGAGGAAGGGAUUCGAUUUCUUCACGCCGACUACCUUUCUCACAUUGCAACUGAAAUGAAUCAAGUGUUCUCACCAGAGACUGUGCAGUCCUCAAAUUUGUAUGGCAUUCAGAUCUCAACGACCCAAAAACCAGUUGUCAAACAAGGGCUGGAGGUCAAAGAAGCCGCUUCCAAUAAUAGUGGAAACAGAGCUACUGUCCAGGGUGACCACCCCCAGUUGCAGCUCUCUCUUGCUAUUGGGCUAGAUGAUGGCACUGCAGACCAGCAGAGGACCCAUCCUGCUACCCAGACCUUGGAGGAGCACCAGAAGCCCGCAGUGUCCAUCAAGCAGGAGAGAUGUGACCCGGAAUCAGUGAUCUCCCAGAACCAUCCCUCAUCCUCAUCAGAGGUAACAGGCCCCACUUUUACUGAAAACAGUAUCAAAAUACACUUAUGCCAUUACUGUGGGGAACGUUUUGAUUCCCGUAGUAACCUAAGACAACAUCUCCAUACACAUGUAUCUGGAUCCCUCCCAUUCGGUGUCCCUGCUUCCAUUCUGGAAAGUAAUGACCUUGGUGAAGUACAUCCACUUAAUGAAAAUAGCGAGGCUCUUGAAUGCCGCAGGCUCAGCUCCUUCAUCGUCAAGGAAAAUGAUCAGCAGCCUGACCACUCAAACCGGGGUACCACAGAGCCUUUGCAGAUCAGUCAAGUAUCUUUGAUCUCCAAAGACACGGAGCCAGUAGAAUUAAACUGUAAUUUUUCCUUUUCAAGGAAAAGAAAAAUCAGCUGUACCAUCUGUGGUCAUAAAUUUCUUCGAAAGAGCCAAUUGUUGGAACACAUGUUUAUACACAAAGGUAAAUCUUACAGAUACAAUCGUUGCCAAAGGUUUAGCAAUGCGUUGGGCCAGAGAUUUCAGCCAUACUGUGACAACUGGUCUGACAUCUCCCUGAAAAGUUCUCGCUUGUUGCAAGAGCAUUUAGAGGUGCCUUGUGCCUUAGAGUCAGAGCUCACACAAGAAAAUGUGGAUGCUAUCCUAGUUGAGUAGCAGUUUCUCCUUCAGAAUUUUUAUACCAAUUCUGAAAAAGAAAAUUCACAUGGCAUUUUUUAUUCUUAAAGUAUUUUCCUCCUCAA